GUGACUGCCCCAGUUACCUUGGUUACCAGAUUGUCAGCGUCGACCCCAACUGUGACUGGUGCCUCAGACUGAAGACCCCCGAAGACCCCCGGCUCAACUACACUGAGGCCAGGAACGCCUGUAACAGUGACGGGGCCGAUCUGUUCCACUUUGAGAACCUGGUCAAUGUCAAGCUAGAGGACAUCAUCCAGUACCUGUGGCUCUAUCAGACGUCUUCAGCUGACGAAGACGUUGGCUAUUGGAUUGGUGCCAAUUCCAUCGAGAGCCCGGGGGUGUUCGUCUGGGACCACAACAAGGAGAACCUGACCCAGGAGCAGCUGAGUGACGUCCCCUUGGACACGGGCGAGCCCGGUGUGAGCCAGGAGGAGAGUUGUCUGUUCUUGACGUCCGAUUUUGGUCAGGUGCUGGAUGCUAAGUGUGAUAAGCUGCUCAGUUACAUAUGUAUGGUGAUGUUGUGAUUGUGGUGUGGUGAUGAUGUGAUUGUAGUAUGGUGAUGAUGUGAUUGUGGUAUGGUGAUGUUGUG